AUGAGGUUUUCACUAUUGUUUUUGGUGCUCUUGUCGGGCGUCUUGGCUCGGGCAACUCCAGUCCAAACGGGUGUUCCCCAGGCUGCAGUAGUCCGCCGGGAAGCCACCACGACGGCGACCAACGCCGAGGCUACUACAGCUACAACAACGACAAAUACGGAGUUUCAAUUAACAUUGAGCCUCGAUUUGCCCACCAACACUUGUACACCGACCAUAGCGCCCGACGAAAAUGGCUAUGUGCCACCAUCAGAGUGUAACGCCUUGUACCUCUAUUAUCCGUCAUUCAAAGCUGCCAUUGCCGCCUCAGUGAUUUUUGGGCUUAUCCUAGCGGCGCACUUCAUACAAGCAACCGUUUACAAAGCUGGAUUUGUUUGGGUCGUACUCAUGGGAGCUGCUUGGGAGUUUGUGGGCUAUGGAACCCGCGCUCUCAGUACUCGCAAGCAGCAAGACAACACUAUCGCGACCGUCACACAGAUGUUCAUUCUUUUGGCCCCAUUGUGGGUCAACGCAUUUGAUUAUAUUGUGCUGGCUCGCAUGAUCAAUUUCUUUGUCCCUGAUCGUCGCAUCGGCAUUUUCAAGCCUUCGCUACUGGCCAAGAUCUUCGUUCUCCUUGACUUCGGCUCCUUCAUCAUUCAAAUGAUUGGAGGUUUCAUGGCCACUGGUACCUCUGAGCAACAAAUGAACGGUAUUCACGUUUAUAUGGUGGGCAUCGGCAUUCAGCAAUUUUUCAUUGUUUGCUUUGUGGUGCUCGCUGUCCAAUUCCAUCGAUUAAUGCUGAAGCUCGAUCGUGCUGGUCGAUUAUUUGGUGACAAGCAGAAGUGGCGUAAGCUUCUUUACGUUCUCUAUGCCAGCUUACUCUUCAUCACUGUGCGCAUCUUCUACCGCUUGGUUGAGUUCUCAUCGGGCUACGGGGAGAACAACCCCAUCCCUUACCAUGAAUGGUACAUGUAUGUGUUUGAUGGUAUCCCCAUGGCAUUGGCUAUCCUUGUUUGGAACUUCGCGCCACCCGGGGCCGUCUUGAAGGGCCCCGACGCAGUGAUGCCUUCCAGUGGCAUUGGGAAAUGGCUCUGUUGCAACGGCUGUGGCUGCUGCGGAGGAUGCUGCUGCCGAACCUGCCGGAAGCGCGGUAGGGGAAAGAAGGAUAUGCUAAGGCUACCGGAUCAUGAUUUCUAUGGAGACGAGGUUCCACUGCACCAGCGAGACGCAUCACCAUAUACCUAG